AUGGCCGAGGCCCCCCCGCGCCGCCUCGGCCUGGCCCCCCCGCCCGGGGACGCCCCCCGCGCCGAGCUGGUGGCUCUCACGGCCGUGCAGAGCGAGCAGGGCGAGGCGGGCGGGGGCGGCUCCCCGCGCCGCCUGGGCCUCCUGGGCAGCCCCCUGCCUCCGGGGGCGCCCCUCCCGGGGCCGGGCUCCGGCUCGGGCUCCGCCUGCGGCCAGCGCUCCUCGGCCUCCCAGAAGCGCUACCGCCGCCUGCAGAACUGGGUCUACAACGUGCUGGAGCGACCCCGCGGCUGGGCCUUCGUCUACCACGUCUUCAUAUUUUUGCUGGUGUUCACCUGCCUGGUGUUGUCCGUGCUGUCCACUAUCCAGGAGCACCAGGAACUUGCCAAUGAGUGUCUCCUCAUCCUGGAAUUUGUGAUGAUCGUGGUGUUUGGCCUGGAGUACAUCAUCCGUGUCUGGUCGGCGGGAUGCUGCUGCCGCUACCGAGGAUGGCAGGGCCGCUUCCGCUUUGCCAGAAAACCCUUCUGUGUCAUAGACUUCAUCGUGUUCGUGGCCUCGGUGGCCGUCAUCGCCGCGGGCACGCAGGGCAACAUCUUCGCCACGUCCGCGCUGCGCAGCAUGCGCUUCCUGCAGAUCCUGCGCAUGGUGCGCAUGGACCGCCGCGGCGGCACCUGGAAGCUGCUGGGCUCCGUGGUCAUGGCGCACAGCAAGGAGCUGAUCACCGCCUGGUACAUCGGGUUCCUGGUGCUCAUCUUCGCCUCCUUCCUGGUCUAUCUGGCCGAGAAGGACGCCAACUCAGACUUCUCCUCCUACGCCGACUCGCUUUGGUGGGGCACGAUCACCCUGACAACCAUCGGCUAUGGUGACAAGACGCCUCACACGUGGCUGGGCAGGGUCCUGGCUGCCGGCUUCGCCUUACUGGGCAUCUCCUUCUUUGCCUUGCCUGCCGGCAUCCUGGGCUCUGGCUUUGCCCUGAAGGUGCAGGAGCAGCAUCGGCAGAAGCACUUUGAGAAGCGGAGGAUGCCAGCAGCCAACCUCAUUCAGGCUGCAUGGCGCCUGUACUCCACUGACAGGAACCGGGCUUACCUGACGGCCACCUGGUACUACUAUGACAGUAUUCUCCCGUCCUUCAGAGAGCUGGCCCUCUUGUUUGAGCACGUGCAACGGGCCCGCAAUGGGGGCCUACGGCCCCUGGAGGUGCGGCGGGCGCCAGUACCCGACGGAGCGCCCUCCCGUUACCCGCCCGUUGCCACCUGCCACCGGCCGGGCAGCGCCUCCUUCUGCCCUGGGGAAAGCAGCCGAAUGGGCAUCAAAGACCGCAUCCGCAUAGGCAGCUCCCAGCGGCGGACGGGCCCCUCCAAGCAGCACCUGGCACCACCAUCGAUGGCCACGUCCCCAAGCAGCGAGCAGGUGGGUGAGGCCACCAGCCCCACCAAGGUCCAGAAGAGCUGGAGCUUCAAUGACCGCACCCGCUUCCGGGCCUCUCUGAGACUCAAACCCCGCUCUUCUGCUGAGGAGGGCCCCUCCGAGGAAGUGGCAGAGGAGAAGAGCUACCAGUGUGAGCUCACGGUGGAUGACGUCAUGCCUGCGGUGAAGACCGUCAUCCGCUCUGUCAGGAUCCUGAAGUUCCUGGUGGCCAAAAGGAAAUUCAAGGAGACGCUGCGACCGUAUGACGUGAAGGACGUCAUAGAGCAGUACUCAGCAGGGCACCUGGACAUGCUGGGUCGGAUCAAGAGCCUGCAGACCCGGGUGGACCAGAUUGUGGGCAGGUGCCCCGGGGACCGAAAGGCCCGGGAGAAGGGUGACAAGGGGCCCUCAGACACGGAGGCGGCAGAUGAGAUUAGCAUGAUGGGCCGCGUGGUCAAGGUGGAGAAGCAGGUGCAGUCCAUCGAGCACAAGCUGGACCUGCUUCUGGGCUUCUACUCGAGGUGCCUGCGCUCCGGCACCUCGGCCAGCCUGGGCACCGUGCAAGUGCCGCUGCUGGACCCCGACAUCACCUCGGACUACCACAGCCCCGUGGACCACGAGGACAUCUCCGUCUCCGCGCAGACGCUCAGCAUCUCCCGCUCGGUCAGCACCAACAUGGACUGA